CACAAACACACUGAGAAGACGUCUUUGAAGGCAGCUGUCUUCUCGCGCAAAUAGCCAGCAUUACAUAACUACAGAACGGUAAAUAUGGCAAAUACUGGRUGGGUAGUUAUAUUAGUGUCUUGUGUAUUCACCAUUGGCCAGGCAAAAGCCGGUGUGAGCCAAUGGUUCUACCGAUGCUGUACCAAAGGAGAAACCAAGGCCAAAGCAUACAAUGGAAACUUUGCGGUGUGCGAGAAGGAUGACCUUGGUCGAAGACGUUUUCCUUCAAAUAUGGAUAGGAUGAUAUGCAGAAUGGCUGAGCGAACAUGCUGUAUGAGAAGGCUUCAAAAGGUGUCAUGUGACCAGGGACAAUAUGAAGCAUUCCAGGGCAACACAUGUUCCCGUCGUCAUGGACACAGUGGCAGCGACCGUUUCCUGAGAUGUUGUGAUUGUUGUGCGUUGGGAAUCAAGACGUCACAAGAAAGCCAACUAGCUUGUAAGGACGURGCUAUCAACAAAGACCCACUGUGCAAAGCUGUUUUCAACUCUUGCUGUAAUGGUCAGAAUAUCACGAUUCAACCAGGAGUACACUACACCUAUCCCCCUCCUCCCCGAACGCAAACUGUGGCAACAACAACUGGAAAGCCAACGCCAAAACUAUCAAGUGGGUGUGCRAAUUUUAAAUGUCAGCAUAUCUGCCGUGAGGACUUUCGCAAGAUUCCAGUAUGCUUUUGCUACAACGGUUAUUUAAUUGGGGAUGACGGAAAGACCUGUGUAGAUGUAGACGAGUGUCUCAGGGAUCGCACUCUUUGCCGCAGUGAAAACAAAAAAUGUCUUAAUACACAGGGAUCGUAUCGCUGUGUGGACGCAUCAGUUCAACCUACUCCACAACGAUGUUCAACUGGAUUUGCCUUAGACAAAGACACUUGUAAAGAUAUCGAUGAGUGUGCCGGCGGUGCUUCCCUCUGCGGUAGCUCGUCCAAAUGUGUGAAUACAAUUGGUUCUUACAAAUGRGAGGCAUGUGGCAGAGGAUAUAGACUUCGUAACAACAAUUGUGAAGGCAUCGUCAAGAACGCAUCGUUGUUCUGCAAAUGAAGUUUGUCAAAAUACUGAUGGAUCGUAUAGGUGUGUUGCUCGACCAUCACAAGCCUGUCCGUCAGGUUAUGUACGUGGAUCAAGCGGUCAAUGUGAAGAUUGAUGAAUGCCAAUACAAAGUGUGUUCUCAAGACCAAACUUGUAGAAACCUUCCGGGAAGAUACCAGUGCAUUGAUCGAGUUAAACCCGAUCCUUGUGCAGGUAGACGAUGUCCUAGAAACUACCAAUGUAAAGUAGUCGGUGAUAAUAAUUAUCGAUGUGACGAUAUAGACGAGUGCUUAAAAAAUCCCUGUGAUGCUGUGGCGACAUGUCAGAACUACCCUGGUGGCUAUAGUUGCCGGUGCCCCAAAGGCUAUCGAAGUAGUUCGUUCGACAGAAAUAGGUGUCAAGAUAUCAAUGAAUGUUUGUACCAUGUCUGUGAGCAUGAUUGUAAAAAUACUGCUGGCUCCUAUCAAUGCUCAUGUCGUUCAGGAUUCAAACUUGAUUCUCCUAACGGGAAAUAUUGUAUCAACAUCGAUGAGUGUAAAACACAAAACCCAUGUCAAGGGAAAUGCCGAGAUACCCAAGGCAGCUAUGAGUGCUCUUGCGAUCCUGGUUACAAACUAAACUUAGACAGAAAGACAUGCUCAGACUUUGAUGAGUGCCGGAAUGGAAAUGGACGGAGUUGUGCACAUGGUUGUACCAAUACACCCGGUAGCUUUAGAUGUACAUGUCGUUCAGGUUGGAAACUGGCUACAAACAGAUACCUAUGCAUUGACGAAGAUGAAUGCCAAAAUGAUCCCAAUAUUUGCCGUGGAUCACCGUACGUCUGUUUGAAUACAAUGGGUUCUCAUGAAUGCGUUGACUUUCCCUGUCCUCCAAGAACCGAAGUCUCACCAUCGUUGGCAAAAUACUACUCAUGGCAAAAUCCAAACCGCAAGUGCACAAGGAUCGAUUGUACAGACGGAGACACAACAUGUUAUAACAURAAAGACAAGGGUUUCAGCUUGUGGGAUUUCAACAUACCAGUUGGCAGACAGCCAGUAGAUUUAUUUACUUACAGAAUUGUUCUUACGGGCUACAGAGAUAAAGCGAAGCCAGUUAUAAAGUACAGAUUUAGGAGCGGUAAUGAGGAGGGAUUGUUCGAGAUCGACCAACCAAGACGUCUGGAGGGUAAUGCGUUUGUACGAAAUAAGAAAACUCUGACAAAACCUGGCAAAUAUAGACUUGAGUUUGUUGGCGAACUGUUCUGGACGGAUGGAGAGCUAGUGUCAAGAUACAUCCACUACCUUUAUUUUAACGUGUAUAGGCCUUAUUAGACGGCGAACUAAAGGGACGAUUCACACUGCUAAAAAAAACACAAUAGAUUUAAGGAUUGAAGUGAAAGAAGACAAACAUGAUUAGUAUUACGGUGCUUUUCUUUAUUAUUUUGUUUAUUUUUUUAUCUUUUGUUAGCGCUGUUUAUUAUUUCUCUUAUGCUUAUUACUGUGCUUAUGUCUGUGCACGCUUGACUUCAUUCCUUUGUUUUACCUUUUGUUCUACUAUUCCGCUUCUGUCGUAGUGUGAACCGGCCCUAAAACACAACAAGCUUAAGAUUGCUUAGGUAUUAUUCUUGUACUCAUAGUGCAAUUAAUAGCUCAUAUGCCUCAUAGUUAAAUCGACUUUGUUUUUGUACAUUAGCGAUGUUUAACCAUCUAAAAAUACCCUAUGAUUUUGGCUUUCACUUUAAUCUUUAAUCUUUAAAUAAAUUAAUUGCCACUAGUGAGCUAAUCCGGCAAUGGGGCGGCCAGCGGUGGCCAAUCGGUUAUGUUAGGUAAUAAACGACCCGUAAAAUAUAUACGAUAUAGUUGUAGACGACAUGUACGUCUGUGAGUAUUUAACCUAUUGUUCCAUGAAGCCUAAUAGUUUGAUAUUCAGUCAGUGGCCUUUUUGAGAUAAUGCGCGUGUUUGUGUUUAUGCUUUUAAAAAGUCAAAUAAACUCAAUUCARAUCUACGUUGA